UAUUUCUUCUAAUUAUCAGUUUCAUGAUAAAAGAGCAAAAAAUGCAAGGCUUUUUAAAGAAGAGUGUGUAAUUACCUAGCUGAUAUCCUUGCUACACUGCAGAAGGUGAGCAUCUUCAUCCAGCCCUCUUCGCUCCUCCCUCCCUCCCUCCCACCUGAGGAAAAGAGGGGACUAAUGGCAGUAUAACUCACUGUUUGUGUUUAUAAGACGAGGUAUGUAUCUGCUUCUUUCUGUAAUGGAUCAUUACAAAUAACAGCAUUAGUAGCAAAGUUCAUUUCCAGCUGUUUACUGUGCAGAAAAAAAAUGCAAUUCAGCUCUUAUGAUAACAUGUUGACUGGGAGACUGCAGGAACAAAGUGCUAAACUUUAUUCCACUCUGCUAUCAAGAGUAAUCAAUUGUUCCUUCCUUAGCUCCUGAUGUUCUUUCUCUAUUUCUAUUUCUUCUUAGUCACUGAUAUACUCCUGAGGCAGUAAAAGCAGCAGAGCUUAUGAUCCUUACAUAAAAUCGUAGAAUGAUUUGAGUUGGAAGGGCCAUUAAAGCCCACCCAGUUCCGACCCCCUGCUGUGGACAGGGCUGCUACCUGCCAGAUCAGGCUGCCCAGAGCCCCAUCCCACCUGUCCUUGAAUGCCUCCAGGGAUGGGGGCAUCCACAGCUUCUCUGGGCAGCCUGUGCCAGUGCCUUACUGCCCUAAGACUGAAUAAUGGUUUAAAGCCAUUCUCCCUCACGCUUGCACUACACUUCCUGAUGAUGAAUCUUCUUCUUCAGCUUUCCUGUAGGCCCCCUUUGGGAGGCCUCUACAAGGUCUCUCUGGAGGCUUCUCCAAGUCUGAACAGUCCUAAAUUCCUUACCCUGUCUCCUAUCAUAGGAGAGGUGCUGCAGCCCUCUGAUCAUCCCUGUGGUCACCUCUGGACUUGCUCCAACAGGUCCAUGUCCUUCUUGUGCUGGGGCCCCAGAGCUGAAUGCAGUACUGCAGGAGGAGCCUCAUCUGAGUGGAGUAGAGGGGGACAGUCACCUCCCUUGCCACUUCUGAUGAAGUGCAUUGCACUUUUACCCAAGCACUGUGCAAGUCGCUUGCUUGCCUUAACCACCUCCUCCUCAGAGUCUCAGAUCUCUGAGAGGAGCUGUGGAGAAACAACCUGUGCCUCUCUGUUGUGUGCCUGUACUGCCACCAGCUCAGUGUGUCUGUGACACUGGUGUUGGUUGCUGUCAGUAUUGUCACACAACUUUACCCAAUGGCUGAGAAUUCAACAGUGAGAUGAGCAAAAGCUGAAUGGAGAAGCAUGUUUGUGCUUUACAGGGCUCUUCUUGAUUGUAGGUCUGCAUGGGCUCCGGUUUGUCAUGCUCCCUGGGCCCCCAAUGAAACUAAAAGGGAGGCAGUCUCCAUCUCAGCCACUUCACAGUCUUCAGACACUGUGUGACAGAACACUGAGCAGCAAAACUUUGCCCUAAGCAUUCAAAAAUGCAUGGAGAAAAACUGUCAAAAGCACUCAUCCUCCCCAUAUCAUCGCAAAGAUUUUCUCUUGAAGUUAUUUAAGGAAAGUUUUGGCUUGUGAAAGAUCCUGUUCCUUGUUUGAGCCAGGACACGGAAAUGGCACUGCUCCUUGCCCCCUGCCUGCUCUGCUGUUGUGAACUGCACGCAGGCAGCUUCUCUGCAUUCUUGCUUACGUCAGUGUUUAUUUUUGUGGUCUAGAGCUGUGCCUCUGCACUGUGUUAACUCCACCUCCCACUCAGGGCCAGAUCCAGGCUCUCUGCUCACUAUCAAGUGGCAGCAGUAGGCAGCACCGACUGGGCCUGGCACAGAGGUCAGAGCUGCCAGAAGGGAGCAAGGCUUGGGCCGGAGCAGGGAGAUGGCAAUGGAGGUCAUGCUAGGAACCAUGGAGGGAACGCAGCUGCUGCCCUGGGUGGUCGGAGCCAUCACCCUGCUGCUGACAGUGGUGACUCUACACUCCCUACCCUCCUUGCUGAACUACUGGUGGAGGUGGUGGGUGAUGAAGCCCGUCCCAGGCAUCAGCCCAUGCUAUCCCUUUGUGGGAAAUGCUCUCCUGUUGGAGCGGAAGGGAGAAGGGUUUUUUAAACAGCUUCAACAGUAUGCUGAAGAGUUCAGGAAACUGCCACUGUUUAAACUCUGGUUAGGUCCAUUGCCUCUCGCGAUAUUGUAUCAUCCUGAUAGUGUGGAGGCUAUUCUGAGCAGUUCAAAGCAUAUAGAAAAAUCAUUCCUGUACAAAUUUCUGCACCCAUGGUUGGGGACUGGACUUCUGACAAGCACUGGAGACAAGUGGCGGUCACGAAGGAAGAUGAUAACUCCCACAUUCCACUUUGCGAUCUUAAACGACUUUCUGGAGGUUAUGAAUGAACAGGGGGGUAUUUUGUUGAGGAAACUUGAGAAGCAUGUUGACAAGGAGCCGUUUAAUAUCUUUGCAGACAUCACUCUGUGUGCCCUUGAUAUUAUCUGUGAAACUGCAAUGGGCAGGAAUGUGGGUGCUCAGGACAAUAAGGAUUCUGAGUACGUUCGUGCUGUCUACAGGAUGAGUGAUCUAAUCCAACAGCGACAGAAGAGCCCUUGGCUUUGGCAUGAUCUUUUGUAUGUUCUGUUCAAGGAAGGAAGAGAGCAUGAGAGGAAUCUUAAGAUUCUGCACAGUUUUACAGAUACGGUCAUUGCAGAAAAAGUUGCAGAACGUGAAAAUACCAAGCUAACAAAAUAUGAUACUGAUGUGAACAGUGAAGAAAAAAGUGGAUUCAAAAAGAGAGAAGCUUUCCUGGACAUGCUGCUGAAUGCCACAGAUGAUGAAGGGAAAAAACUCAGUUACAAGGACAUUCGUGAGGAAGUAGAUACUUUCAUGUUUGAGGGUCAUGAUACAACAGCAGCUGCUAUGAACUGGGUCCUGUAUUUGCUUGGUUGUAAUCCUGAAGCCCAGAAGAAGGUUCACCAGGAACUGGACGAGGUGUUUGGCAACUCAGAGCGUCCUGUUACAGUAGAUGAUUUGAAGAAACUUAGAUACCUUGAGUGUGUUGUGAAAGAAGCCCUGAGGCUCUUCCCUUCAGUUCCCAUGUUUGCCCGUUCCUUGCAAGAGGAUUGCUAUAUUCGAGGAUAUAAGCUACCAAAAGGCGCCAAUGUCCUUAUCAUAACUUAUGUGCUGCACAGAGAUCCUGAGAUAUUCCCUGAGCCAGAAGAAUUCAGACCUGAGCGCUUCUUCCCUGAAAAUAGCAAGGGAAGGCACCCAUAUGCUUACGUGCCCUUCUCAGCUGGCCCCAGGAACUGCAUUGAGGAACUUAAACCUUAUCCAUUCAUACACACCUGCUGUGUAUUCAGGAUGAUUUGGAUUUAUCAGACUUUUUAUUUCAUUUUCUUACUUGCUUCAGUUUACAGCGAAUGUAUGACACAGAUCUAUGAAAAUACUUACUUCCAAGGAGGAGACCUCACUACGGUUUUCACACCAACUGCCAAUUACUGUCAAAUAGUUUGUACUUACCAUCCUACCUGUCUGCUCUUCACAUAUUUGCCAGUGACGUGGACUAAAGAUCCUGCACAGAGGUUCUCCUGCUACUUAAAAGACAGUGAUACUGAAAUCCUACCAAAAGUGCAUAUGGAAGGAGCUAUUUCUGGACAUUCUUUAAAACAAUGCAACAUCAAAAUUAGCGCUUGCAGUCCAGAUGUCCAUGUAGGAUUGGAUAUGCAAGGGGUAAAUUACGAUGUUAGUAUGGCUGACAGCUAUCAACAGUGCCAAAAAAGAUGCACCAAUGACAAGCACUGUCAUUUUUUUACAUAUGCCCCAGAAACAUUUCACAAUGCAAGCUUUCGUGAAAAAUGCUUCUUGAAACAUACCAGUUUAGGAACUCCAACCAGCAUAAGGGUGCUUGAUGAGGUUGUGUCUGGAUUCUCCUUAAAGCCAUGUCAGCUUUCUGAAUUAGAUUGUCAAAUGGACAUUUUUGAACAUGAAGAAUUUUCAGGAAUGAAUGUUACGAGUUUUUUCACUCCUGAUACUUUUGUCUGCCAAACUGUUUGUACUUAUUUUCCAAACUGCUUGUUCUUCACAUUCUUCACCAAGGAAUGGCAAAUAGAAUCCCAAAGAAAUCUUUGCCUUCUGAAGACAUCAGCAAGUGGAAUACCAGAGGCACUUACAUUGCGAGAAAAUGCUAUUUCAGGUUUUGGUCUCCUAAACUGCAGAAGACACUUUCCUGCCUGCAAUUCUCGCACUUACGUGCAUAUGAAUUUUUUGGGAGAUGAACUCAAUGUCACUUAUACAAAAGGACACAGAGCUUGUCAGCAAGUUUGCACAGAUAUGAUCCGCUGCCAAUUUUUUACCUACUUUCCCCUCCAAGAGUCAUGCAAUGAGGAGAGAAAGUGUGAGUGUCAUCUAAGAAUGUCCUCAAAUGGAUCUCCAGUGGAAAUACAACACGGGCCAGGAAGGAUCUCUGGAUACUCACUAAGAUUGUGUAAAAAAAAGGCCAGCACUGUAUGUAUGCAGCAUUCUUCAAGAAAUAUUAGGAUAAUUGGAGGGACAGACUCUUCCCCUGGUGAAUGGCCAUGGCAAGUAAGCUUACAUGUGAAGCUAUCUCGUCGGAGACACCUGUGUGGGGGCUCUAUCAUCAGUAACCAGUGGAUCCUUACAGCUGCCCACUGUUUCAUGAGUGUUCAGAAUCCCAACAUUUGGCGUGUUUAUGCUGGUGUUUUAAAACAAUCAGAAAUAAAUGAGGAUACACCCUUCUUCAGAGUGGAAGAGAUUAUUAUUCAUCCUCAGUAUAAUUCUGCACAGACUGGAUAUGACAUUGCUUUACUGAAACUUGAUAAGGCUAUGAAUUUUACUGAUCUUCAACUUCCUAUUUGCCUGCCAUCGAAAGAAGAAGCUAGCAUGCUCUAUACUGACUGUUGGGUAAUUGGAUGGGGUUACAGAAAGGAAAGAGGUCGUGUAGAAGACAUUCUUCAGAAAGUUACUGUUCCCCUGAUAUCAAAAGAGGAGUGCCAGGCAAGAUACCGGAAGCGUAGAAUAGAUGACAAAGAGAUCUGUGCUGGCUAUGAUGAAGGUGGAAGGGAUGCCUGUAAGCAAUCUGAUUCACAGCUGUCACAUGUGGCACUGACAGCACUAUGUAAACCUUCAGACAAGAUGAAGGAGACUCCCAGCUGCAGUAUUUCAGAGGCAUACUUACAAUACUAUGAUGACCAUCUACAAUACUUGAGGGCAAACAAGAUUAUAGACAGAACUCAUGCUUCCUAAAUGCAUUGUCUGAACAUAAAGGACACCCAUGGUGGAAUGACUGAUGCCUGCCUGAAAAGAAAAAUGAGGCUUGAUGGAGCGUUUUGCUGUUGCUGCUUUUUUUUAGUAGAAACCGUCUGCUAGGGCCAUGGAGAUGAUUGCCCAGGACACCCAAAUGCAUUAUUUUAUGCUGGUCAUCUGCAAGGAAGCCCCCAGCAUACCUGUGGCUUUUGCAGUAUGUGGUACUAACCAGGGAAGCACUGCUCACUCAUUCAGUCUUCUGCCAGGUGCAGUGGUUCGGAUCUUCAAAAUUUGGAGACUACAAUCCAAAACUGUGUGAGAACUGAUCAGUGCUGUACUUCGCGUGAACAUAAGGGCACACUGUAAUACCCGGAAAUUUAGAGAAAUGUGAUGAGUGGAUGGUUUUCAGAUCUCUGGAGCAGCCCUUUCACAUCCAGAAACAGUCGCACUCCUCAGCUGCAUUUCAGCCGUAUGGGCUGGUGGCAAGCGCUGCUGAACUGGAAAGUCAGCAUGCCACCAGUCUUUUCUUCCCCAGGGCAAAGGCCCAACACGCUAAUGAAAAUGAGACAGUCAGGCCUAUACUUGACAGGGGAGAGUGCUAAACCAAACAUCUUCCAUUUCUGAAGGGACUAAGUGUAUCUUUCCCAAGUGGCUCUGGAGGGAAAGCAAUCCACGGGUAUUCACGGGGGAAACUGCAGUCGUUAGGGCCUGUUUCAACAGUGACAACAGAUCAAAGUAAUAGCACUAACUGUUUCACUCAGCACAUUUAGGGUGCCUUCUGGCAGUAUUUGUUAGUGAAAAAAGUUGCCAAACACACAGGAGCGGUAGUGGGUAUCAGCAUCUUUGCACUAUCCAGACACAACAUUAUCAGCUUCAUGGUUUUUGUGCUUGUUUUCUUUUUGGUUGGUUGCUUCUAUUUUUUGAAUUAGGGCUAGAACAGAAUUCCCUGGGCAAUAACAGAGUUAACUCCUACAUAAUAACCUGCGUUACCUUUACCGUAGAAUCUUUGAAUCUGGACGCGGGAAAAGGCACAAUGGAGUCUGAUAAUUACACUGAUUAGCUCUGUUUCCUAGACUCUGAUGCUCAUCAGGGUAUUACAAGCAUAUUUGACGUUGGAUCAAAUUAAAUCUAGCGCUGGUGUGGUUCUUCAUUUUCUCACACUUACACUUAGUUCUGCUUUGCUUGUCUGAAGGCUGUAGCUGUGUCUAAAUGCCAUAAAAUAAAAUUGCAGUGGAACACUUGUGGAUUAACUCAAACAGGAAAAUAAAACCACUGCUCUUCAUUCUCCUAUAUUUUUUUUUUUUACUGUAGCUGGAAGUAGUUUUAUAACCCAGACGGUAUAACUAGCCUUGGAGCUUAGAUAUGUAUAACGUGAGUCUUGGGUACAGCUGGGACAGAAAUGUUGUUCUUCAGCGUGCCUGAGAAGAUGCUAUGUUUUGGUUUUAGGAGAACAACAAUGAUGACAACACACCAGCGUUUCCAGUUGCUGAGCAGUGCUAUGCAGAGCCAAGAACAUGCAGUUUUACCUACAGAUGUGCCAGUGAGGGGUGGACCUGUGAUGCUGGGAGCGAGGGAGUGAGCCAACAACUGCAUGGGGCUAAACUACCUGUUAAGUUAAACCACAGCACUUCAGAGAAACAAAAUCAUCAGCCUCAAUGAUCAGAGCCAAGCAGCCCCAGAACGUGCAAUAAGACCAGGUUCAAAAGAAGAGGAGGGAUAAAGUACCAGCAGACGGAACCUCAGUCACAGCUGGUGGAGAACCAAGCAAGUAUAACCAUCGCUGAGCACUUCCCAUUCAUCCCAUAAAAAAUAAAGAAAGGUCUACAGCUUGGAUAACAGCUCUGCAAAGUCCCAAGGGGAACAGAGCCCAGCAUAAAUGUUUCUGCAAGCAGAGCACUGAAUUGGCCUGACAAAGUACAAAUGAGCCUGCUUUACAGACACAGGACAUGGGGAGAGAGUGAGGGAAGAGCUCUGCCACAGCUGUCAGCACGUUGCCCAAAACUAAGGUCUCCAAAAUCCUCAGCUGAGCUUACAGGAUUUCCCUCACACAUGGAGAAAAGAAGUUAACGGUGAGAAGGCAAUACUCCCCGUACGAAAUUAGCAACACUCCCAUUUCUCAGAGAGAGGUGGAGAGAGUCUGUUUAGUUUGUGUGGGAGGGAGUAUGUUUCCUUGUUCUCCUUCACCGUUUGAAAAAUCCUAAGAACAGAGUUCUGAGUUUUCUAAGUUUUGUUCACACAAACAAUUGAAUCAUGAAUUACCGUCGAACUCUAUUUUUAUACCAUUUCUUGUCACUAGGUGGAGGUAGGUAACCACAAUGAGGACGGAUUACUUGUUUCUUUUACCUUAAACCCUGUAGUCGUUUGGACUGCAAGGAAUGUAUUUGAUCCUUAGAAAUACUUCUCACACCGGCUCGCUUGAGAACAGCAUGACACCAGUAUUUGCCAGUCCGUAGGUCUGUAUCAAGCAAAACUUUUUCACUGCAGUCUGUUUUAGGAUAGAUAUUUAUAUACAUGAUACACAUACAUAUAUAUAUAGUAAUAGUUUCCAUAAUUGAAUCUGAAGUACAUUUUAUUACCAGUAAUUCACUUCUACAUUUAGACAACCAAGAACACCAUUUAGGUCAUGUGUGUAUAUGCAUGUGUUUGCAGAAAAUUACUACGUGAUGUAAGGAGAAAAGAGCGAUUUAAAAAUAUUUAUUUAAUGCCUGCUGGACCUGGAAACAAGUACAUGAAGUGUUAUGUACCCCUUUCUUUUCAUCCUUAUAGUUGAAGUUAUAAUUUCUUGUUGCUUAGUUUUUAAAAGGAUUGACUUCUACGGAGAGCGCAAACAGCCAGAGAAGGAACAACUCUAUUCCUUCAAGCACUGAAGACGGCUACAAAGAUGUCUUUUAGACUUGGACUUCUCUGUGCAGGCCUGUAUGGCUGUGAUAAUACUUGCUGCUGAAGCUGGUCUUUUGCUGCCUAUCAGACUGAUGAGAGCUACAGGGUUGCAUUCUGAGCUUCUUGGGAAAUGCAGAUUUCAAUUUUCUGUUGUUGUUGAUGAAACCCACUUAUGGGCCUCUUUUCUUUAGCUGAAUUGACUGGUUAGUAAACAUCCUGUCCUUUCAGAAACAGUGGUGAAUAUAUCCUGAUAGACUAGACGUAUGCAUAUUUUCACCAUGUACUUGCUGUAAAUGGAGAUAAGCAGGACUGUGUACUGGCUGCAGGAGUAUUCAGAGACAGGCAUUAAUCAACAGGGCUUGUAAAUGCUGUACUGGAACACGGUGGUGUGCUAUAAUGAUGGCUCACUCCCACAUGUGCCCCCUUAAGAAGGUAGAGCUGGCUGGUGCUGCUACAGAGUGUUGCUGGCAAAUGAGAGAGGGAAGGAAGCAACAGCAUAUGAACAGCACUACUGUGCUAGGUGAAACUGCACAUCUGCCUUGCUAUGUAGCUCAUCUCCAGUCUGUGUGUGCGUGUGUGCAAUGAACAUUCUGGACAAGAUUAUAACAGUAGGACUAGUAUACACAGAUAAUUCCUCUUGAUCAUGACAGCUUGUGGGUUUUGAUGAAGAUGUUGUACACACAAGUGUUUGUGAUGGAUUUCUACCAUCCUUGUCAGUGUUUCAUUUUUUAUUUUUUUCCUUUCUUAGUUCUUUUAGCUUUCACAGCAUCCUAUGGCAAUGAGGCCCAUAAUUCACUUAUUGCUGUAUGGAGAAACACUACAUUAUUGUAGUGUUUCUGAUUACCCUCCAGAUCUCAUAUUAUAAGAAACUGUAAUAUGUUUUCCCUGUCCCCAGUCUUCAUCCCAUUUGUUAUUUCUUAUGUCUCAGUCAUAUUGUUCUUAUUUCAUGUGCAUAGUUCAAUGUGGGAAAGGUGGAGGGAUGGAGAAAGUAUCAUCAGCAGAGUUCAGUCAUACAUUUUUGAAAAGUGAUUUACUAUACAUCUGCUUGAGAGGUGUUCAUUGCAAGUGCUUGUUCUCUGUGUUCUGAAGGACAUUAAGUUGCUUACUAACUUCUCAUGUGAUAAUUGUAGUUUGCACUCAGGCUGAACCAGUCUUUGUAUAGAUUAGUAAUAUAGUGCUGCCCAAAUUUGUAACUCAAAAUGAUAAACUUGUUAAGGGAGAUUGAGCCCUAUUCCUCACAAUGGCACAUAGGGUACUGUUGCUGAGCAGAACCACGUGCACUAUGCCCAGAGUCUUCCUGGAGAGAGGAUUUGUCUGCUCUGCCUCCUAUAUGAGACUUAGGUCUGCCUUCUGCUCCCUUGUGACCAGGAAAUCCAGAGAAUUUAUCUCAGAGGCUAGCACCAUCUGCCUAGGAUCACUUGAAGAUCUCUGGAAGUUGUAAUUUUUUUUCUCUUAGGGUUUGUCUUUGAAAUUCUAAGUCAUUUUGACUUCCUUGUUUGCUGGUGCAGGAGAAUCAGUAGAGCUGCAUGCAGUGUUGAUUUUCUCUUUGUAUGAGAUGCAUGUCUUUUUAGUUUAGUUUAUUUUUUUAAUUAUGCUUCCAUUCUGACAUGCUUUAGCCCUGAGCUACAUUUUUCGAUUUUUAUAAAGAGGAAUGAGUAAUCUUGGGUGUCCUGGUUCAGAGCUAGUUUCUUCAGUAUCUUUUACACAAGGGUUUGUUACAUACAAUAGUCUACUUCUGUCUUUACUCCUCCAGCUUUUGUUUGACAUUUCCAUUUGACUCCUUCUUUUCCCUUUUUUUUAUAUCUUUGCCAUCCCUUAGCAUCCUGUAAAUGGGGUAGGACAUUUCCAUCCACACAAUAGAAGCACAUGUACAGAGGGAGCAUAGAACCAUGGAAUCACCUGGGUUGGAGAAUACCAUUAAGAUCACCAAGUCCAGCCAUCAACCUGACCUAUCAAGUCCUAUCUCUAAACCAUGUCCCUUCAGUCCACAUCCACAUGUCUUUCUGUCUUCAGCCUGGUGCUGCAGAAACUCCUAAUGUUUGAUAGGAGCAACAUUGACAGUAACGCACUGCUUUCAUUCCAAUAAGAAGACCAUCACACAUCUAGUGCAAAGUCUCAGAGGAUUUGGCUGAGAUGUUUUACUCAUUGCAACGUGUGCACAAGGCUUCUUUCACAGUGCAAUCCACGUGUCACAAUGAUGAAACAAUGCAUGUUUGUCUAGUUCUUGGCAACUGGAAUCCAAGCAGGGGCAGCUAGAAAUCUAAGAUUUUUUUUCAGUUAAAAAAAGAUUUCCUUGAAGAAUUUGGAUUGACUGAACCCUUCCAAUGGGACUUAGUUAUCUGGAAAAAAUUUACCCCUACAAAUUAUCAACAACUGCAAAGCAUAUGAGUCUUUUGAAACAUAAAUGAACUCAUUUCGAUUUCUAUGAGCUUCUGAUUUAAGUUUUGAAAGAAAAAAUGGCCCAAAUACAACAGUAAAAGAAAGGAUUCCAUAAUUAUAUCUGUUAGCUAGUCCCUCUCUGCAGAGCUAUCUGAGGCCCAGACAUUUGCAGUGUCCUGAAAAAAAAUCCUGCAAAGCUAAGAGUAAAAUAUGUUAAUACUCAGCAGUGAUGUACACUCUCCACUUCUGUCUCCCAGAUGGAAUUCCUUUGGAGCUGCUAAAUAUGAAGACCCUGCUUAUGGACAUAAAAGAAGGAAUAAUCACUGUGACACUCAAGGCAUUAUUAAGGGAUGGUGGUAGCUGGAAACCACAGAAGAAUCUAUGCUGAACACAGCUCCAUGGAGGCUACCUGCAAAAUUAGCAUGCAAACUGGGACAGCAGUGAGAUGUGGUGGUGGAUUUGUUAUUACUUUCUUUGGGAGAAGGCAUAGAGAAGUAACACUCUCAACAGCAGAUAAGUGUUUGGAAGAGGAAUGUGCGUGUUUUGGGGAAUGUAGGUAGCUAGGUAAUGGUAACAGAAUUCGGCUAUUCUACAAAAACCAUCAAGGGACCUCCUUGUGCAAGUAGUUUCAACAGAUUACAUGAAGUAGAAGAGUUGGGUGAUAGAGGAAUACAAGAUAGUCAAGAUCACACUAGAAUUGUAUUUCUUAAAUGAUACACUUACAUUAGUUAUUUGAAUUUGACAAAACCGAAGAGCUGCAAGCUGUACCUGGAUACAGCAGGAUUGUUGCUAAAACUUGGAUAGAUAACCAGAUAGGUACUGACAAUUCACUGAGUUUCCCUUCACUUCCCUUCAAUCUCCAUUUAUGAGAAGGAAAAUAACUAUAUAUAUAUAAUAACCUGUUUUUUAGUGAUCUGCUAGUACAGAUCUGGGACUAGAAGUAUUUUCUUGCCAUCAGAACACAGCAGCUUUAAACUGCUUUCUGGUCCUUCGUUGUGUAUGCUGUCCAGCCUUUACUUAUUGUUCUUUUGGAAGCUGGGGCCAGUAGAUGCUGGGUAAAAGGUAGGUUAUUGUGGAUGCUGCAGUGCUGAGACUAUCUCAGGUACUGUCUGACCAAAUCCUGGUAUGCUGGGCAGAGCACUCAUCAGAUGCUGUGGUAAUUUAUCUUUUGUUGGUGGAUGUCAGUGUGCAUCUGGACUUAUCAUAUGGUACUCUGUAUAGUAAGAUACGUCUGUUAUUGGGGUCAUACUCCACUAUUUUACUGGAAAAGUGAUUUAUUAGUUUCCUGAAAAAAAUUUAAGAAAUCCUAGCAUACAAAAGAUAAUGUCAUUUGAUAUUUUUACUUAUUCAUUGCAUGUCACAAAUCUCAUGGUUUAUUUUAUUUUUUUUUCAUUUCAUUUAAUUCAUGAUAGAACAAGAUAGAAAAAAAGACAUGAAGAAACCGUUUCUAUACACUCUGAUGGACUUGCCUAACUGCAAAUAAACAGAUUAUGGGAAAAGACAUGACAGAGUAGGAGGAAAUAAUUUAUUUGGCUAACAGAUUUCUGUAGUGAAUUUGGUAGUUUGGAAGCAUAUAUUCUUUAAUUGUUCCUGUAAAAAGUUGGUAGCUACCAGAGAUCAUAAAUUGAACAUGGAUAUAAACACAUACUCUUCCAAUGUCCAAAAAUUUCUGUACAGUUUGGUUUUUCUGGUUAUAGUUCUGUGGAAUAGUUCAUUAAUAGGCAGUAUUCUAAUCUUUCCCAAAGAGUGGAAUGUCAAGGUGAAAUUUUGAUCUGCAAGGACACCCCCGUGGCACUUGACAGAAUGUGUGACGUUGUAAAUUUUGGGUAGCAACCAAUGCUGGUAAAAGUGCUGGGGUGUAAACUUCACAGUAGAUUCUUUAAGACUGCUUUUAUGAAUAUGGAAAUAAAAUAAUUCAGUGUUCUUCUA